AUGGAUGGAUCGGCGCCGUAUAACGCGAGGAGCGUGGAACAGGUCUUCCGGGACUUCAAGGGGCGGAGGGCCGGCAUAAUAAAGGCCCUUACCGCAGGUUUGGUCGCUCACCUUUGCUCACCGCAUUCCGCUACCUUCUCCUCGGUUUCCUUCUUCUCAGUUUGCUUCCCUUUACCUUCCUCGUUUAACGCUCUUUAGGUCAGUGGCCGGAGCCUUAUUAUCGUUUUCUCUCUUUUGCGCUGUUGCAGAUGUGGAAGACUUUUACCAGCAGUGCGACCCCGGUUAGGGUCUCCUCGAGCCGCUUUCUUUGCCGUUUUAAAUUCUUAUUAUUGUUUUUUUCAAUCCCUUUGCCUGCAUGCAUGUAUUCUAGGCUUUUGUUAGGUUCGUUAUUUUUUCUUUAGGAGGUCAGGUCGUGGGACCUUCUUCUUUUCCAGUAGGUGGAGUACUUUAUUUUCUUGAAUUCCUUUCUGUUACUAGUUCUUUGGAAUACAAAACUUCAUGGAUUCAUGGGUCUAAUGCAUUCUAAUAGUUUUAAUUUCCUUCAUAUUAUGAAUCAUUUUCAGUUCUUGUGUUAGGGUUCUAGUGUUCUCAUGAAUCAUAUGAAUUCGCAAUGAAGUCCGUGAAGUUGCAACUUCUGGUCAUUAAUAAAAGUUAGAAAGUUGUAUAGGAUUGUGGUUUCAUAUCCGUAAGAUGGGUUAAAUAGUUCAUAUCUUUAUUGAAAUUUGCCUUUCUUCAGAACGGAGGAAAACUAUGGGAAUGCUAUUUUGAAAGAACUUGUGCAGAUAUAACUUUGAGCCUUGAGAUCCUGAGUGAUAAUUUUCUUGCAGAGAAGGAGAAUUUGUGUCUUUAUGGAUUUCCUAAUGAACAGUGGGAAGUCAAUUUGCCGGCAGAAGAGGUACCACCAGAGUUUCCUGAACCUGCAUUGGGCAUCAACUUUGCAAGGGAUGGGAUGCAAGAAAAAGACUGGAUAUCGCUGGUUGCUGUCCAUAGUGAUGCUUGGUUGUUAGCUGUAGCAUUUUAUUUCGGUGCUAGAUUCGGGUUUGACAGAAACGAAAGGUAAUCCAUUCCCAGCCUCCAGCUCUUUAAAUUGGUAGAUCUUGAGCUUUCAUUUCUAGCUUUAAGGAAUCAAUGUAAAUUUCUAUGAUUGAAUUGUGCCUCACGUGGCGGUGCUUCUUCAUAUGGUUCAACUAAAUUUACAAAUCUUUUUUUCUUCAUUUUGAUUUGUUUUACAUUUUAGUUACAGACGUUUUGGUCAAAAUUCCUCUAUGAGAAUGGAACCAAUGUGUAGCGCUUAUUGCUGGUUCAUCAGUUAGUCAUUUGCAGGAAUGGUUGCUAAAUUUUAUUGUGAUUUUCCCUUUAUAGCUUAAAACUUAAUUGUGGGUUGUGUCCUAGGUUGAACAUAGGAGUUUCUUUGAAAUCCCCACUUAAAUAAACCAUUAUUUUAAUUAUAUUCACUAAUAAUGAUUUAGAUAGCCCUUUUGUGCUUUGCGAUAUAAAGUUAUUAAUUAAUAGGUCUCAGUUUGUUAUUGGUUUUUUCUAGUUGCUCUAGGAUAGUACAGUGAUUGUGGUUAUCCUAAAGGUUUAGGGCCAAAGUGAUUACCCUGAACCCGAUUAAAUUGGAACGAUGACCUAUCAAUUGGGGAGAUACUCAUUACUCUACAACCCUGAUCCUUGAAAAUAGGGUUUUAACAAAAUGGUGGGUCACUUCUCAUUAAAGGAGAAUCCAUGCUCUUAUCGAUGGAAGCUUCUCAUUUUUUUUCGGGACUGUUGUAACACCGUUGAAUCAUUUGCCCGUCACCUGUUCCUGUGAAAAUUCCAUGUAUCAGUGAAAGUUUAUUUUCUUGUUAAAUAUGAUGUACCGCUUGAUGAUCUUUUCAUGUAUCUCUCAUUUUGUCUUCAUCUCAGCUCUUCCACUGCCCUUCAGAAAUUUGACUAGAUGGUCUGGUUGUGUUUCUUGAUUUCCAGUGUAAUUCGAUAUAAUUCUUUGACUGGAAUGUCUCCCACGUCCUUUUUUCAAACUUCAGGUUUUUUUCUCUGGAAUCACAUAUAGAUUACCAGUUGCCAUCCUCCUUUGUGCAUGUCUCAUUUUUCUCGGGUCUCAUAUGCAUUUUCCUUGCUUCUCAAUGAAAGCCUUUCUUGCUUUACCCUACACGUCAGGAAUCAGAAAUUGUGCACAGGUGAUUUGCAUUUUUCGAUUUUAAUAUUCCCAGUGCCAACAUUUGGAUGCACAGCAAAAGUAUGGGAGUGCUCAUGAGCGGUAUGCAAGGUUUUCUUCCUGUCAUAUCUCUGUGAGGAGGGUGGUGGAUGAAGAUCGGGAGAUUAAAAUAACUUAUUUCGCCUUUUUUUCUUUGAGGAAAUCUUGGUUGCAGAUUUUAUUUUUAUUUAUUUAUUUAUAUUUUUCCUGUUUCCUUUUUGGUUUCCAGUCUCUUUCAAACUCCUCCAUUUCCAGGGUGGGCAUCCCUGUGUGUUAUAUUAGCAGUGGAUGGCCGGAGCCAUGUUUAUAUCCAUAGAGGAAAUCCGAUCCAAUCAGGUGUGUGACAAAAGAAGGAUGGUUAAUCUUCCGAAAAAAAAGAAUGUACGAUUCAGGAAAUGAGCUGUGUGAACUGUAGAAUUCCUCAGAAUGCGACUACUAGUUUUGUUACUAAUUAUGAAGAACGCGAGACACUGGUAGAGAGUGACCACAAGAUAGCUUACUGAGUUUAUCAGUAGUAAGACAUCGAACUCUAGACAGUUAGCUGAGUCCCCCAUUAUGAAGGAUAGAACAAUCUUAUUAGAUCUAGUGCAUUAUGAAAUGAAUUCUCUGGUAUCAGGUUCUGAACAGGUGACCAUCUCGCUGUACGAUCUGAUAACGAUGGGGACCCAAGAGGGUUGCCACAUUUCCUAAAAAUAAUUACAUUUUUUAACUUAUUCUUUAUUUUUAUUUUAUUUUCUCAUUUGGGUUGUUCCAUUCAUCCGAUUCUCAUCUGGCGAUGCAGGAAACGUUUAUUCACGAUCAUAAAUGAUCUCCCCACCAUUUUUGAGGUCGUCACCGAGAAGAAGCAGGUCAGAACUUCCGGCAAGAGCAGCGGCGGCGGCGGCGGCAGCAGGCCCAAGUCAAACUCUAAACCGGUAAACCCUUUGGCCUUGGCCUUUUACGGAUCUCUAUGUGAGCCCGUUGAGCGCAGAAGUCGUACCAGUUCUUCACCAUCAAUGGGAACGAAUCGAGACGGUUGAAUGAUGUACAAAAUCCUUGACCCCUCACCGCAGGGCCAGGAGCAUCCGACCAGGUACCCGAAGCCGGGGAACCCUAGGAAGAAGGACGAGAUGGACGACGACGAGGCGGCGGCGGGGGAGGAAGACGACGACGAUGACGAGGAGCACGGGGAGACUCUCUGCGGCGCGUGCGGCGAGAACUACGCCUCCGACGAGUUCUGGAUCUGCUGCGACGUCUGCGAGCGGUGGUUCCACGGCAAGUGCGUCAAGAUCACCCCCGCCAAGGCGGAGCACAUCAAGCAGUACAAGUGCCCCACGUGCACCAGCUCCAAGCGAGUCCGCCCUUCCUAA